AUUUAACUUAUGUUGAACUACGCUGAAUAUUAAUACAAAUAUUUCGACAAGUCACCAACUAACGCAUAUAUAUACAAAAAUUAAAUAUAGACGGAAAGCGUAUUAUCAUAUUCUGGAAAACAAAAAAAAAUUAUAUAUAUAAAAAAACCCAAUCAUACUAUUUGGUUUACUAGACACUGAUAACACUUGGUUGCUUACUUCACACAAUUUUAUUUCAACUCGACAACAAGCUAUUCACAAAAUUUAGUUGUUUUUGUUCUCAAGUGGCAAACGGAUGUGCAUUUUAGUUUCUUCUUAAAGAAAAUGAUUAUAGAAAAGUAUCUGAAGUUAUUCGCUUUGUUUUUCAUAAUUGUGCCAUGGACUGUGUGCUUACAAUCAAAUGAUGGUGGAGAUUUGUGGAAAUUUAUACAAUCCACUAAUUUCUCUGACAAGUAUAAAAAAAAAUUGAUGAACGAAAUGGAAGAGAUUCCAAAAUGGAUUAAAACUGUUAGUGAAAACCCCAAUUUGGAAGAUCAAUUAAAGCAAUGUCGAUCACAAAUUGAAUCAUUUAAAGAUAAUGAACUUAGAUUAAAACAAAAUUAUGAGAUUAUUACUAUUCAAAGAGUUUCGAUAGCAGAUAAAACAAGUCUCCUGGAAAUUCAAAAAAAUGAAACCGUUAAAGCUUAUCAACAAAUAGACGAUUACAGAGACCAACUAAGAGAAAAAGAACUUGAAAUAAAGAAAUUGCAAAGAGCUAUAUUAUCUUACAAUAAUAAUACCAAUAACAACAACGUUCAAAGAAGUGAUAAAGUAUUAAAAUUGGAGUCAACUAUAACAAUUUGCAAAGAAAGUGUCAAUAAUAAAGAUGUUGAAAUAUCAAGGUUGAAGACAAGUAUAGAAUCUAAAAUUUAUACAAUUAACAAGAAUAAUGCUGAUAUAUCAAAGUUGGAAUCAACCGUCAAAAAUAAUAAUGAAAUAAUUGCAAUGUUGGAGUCAACUAUAAAAUCUUACAACUCUACCAUCAAUAAGAAUAAUGCUGAAAUAUCAAAAUUAAAGUCGGAGAAGAUUAAUCCGAGAGCCACAACACCACAACCACGAAUAACUUGCCCGUCUUACAAUAACAAAAACAAAUCACAGCAGGAAAUCACACAGCUGAAAUCAGAAGCGAAUAAACAAACUAACGAAAUUAAAGAGCUUAAAAUUAAACUAAAUAAAUCCCUAUCGAAUAACACAAAUUUAGCCAAUUCAAGGGACGAAAACUUUAAAAAAUAUCAAAACGCUCAAAGAAGUAUAGGUAAGAAGAUCAUUUCUAGAUGACAUUUUCCAUAUUAUAUCUUCUUUUAAAGAAUCGUGUCAGGGGAAUUUAGAAUCACUAAAAAAUGAGUCUAUUAAAAACAAUAUGACAAUUCAAGAGUUGAUAUUAAAAGCUGAAAAUAAUCAGAAAUUGUUGGGUAGGUUAUAUUUGAAGCA